UUCAGGGCACUAAAGCCUUGCUCACUCAUUGCCUUCACUGCCUUUCUUUCUUGGCUGAAGUUUUGUCCUUAAAUUCUUCUGAGAUGGCAGGAAAAUUCAAAAUACUCUUUGUCCUCUGUCUGGUCGCACCCUGUCUUGCCCAAGAUGAAAUAAGUCCAGAAGAGGCAGCUGCUGCUACUGUUGGAUCCAGUACAGCUGCUGCUACUGUUGGAUCCAGUACAGCUGCUGCUACUGUUGGAUCCUCUACAGCUGCUACUGCUGGAUCCUCUACAGCUGCUACUGCUGGAUCCUCUACAGCUGCUACUGCUGGGACCACAACCACUAAACCUACAGAAUCUCCAAAUCCCUGUGCAUCAAGCCCAUGCGGCUCUGGGAGCACCUGUGAGCCUCGUAAUGAUAAAAACUAUGUAUGCCUGUGUUUGGCUGGGGAAAACUAUAAUGAUGGCACCAAAAGUUGUGAGAAAGCCAAAGUUUUCCCUGGAGAACUAUCCCUGAAAGGAUUACCAUACGAGAAGGAGAUGAGUGACAAGCGGUCUGCAAUAUUUGCCAAAACUGCAGACGACAUUGUUAAAGAGGUGGCUAAGGGUUUUAAAUCUAAGCCAGGUUUCUCUGGAGCUACAGUACUGGAACUCUUGCCCUUUUCAGUCAGGUCACCAGGGGUUAAGGCAACUGUGGACAUCAUCUUUCAGGCAAAUGCUGCAAUUGAUGACAAUGCUGUUGAUGCCGCAAUUCAAACGGCUGCUACAUGUGAAAAUUGUGUACUGGCAGGUGCAGCUUUCGAAAAGAAGAGCCUGUGUGAGAGCAAUGCCUGUGAUGAGCAUACUGCAACAUGCAAGUCUGCAGAAGGAUCUUUUACCUGUACCUGUAAGGACGGCUACAUUAAGACGGACUUCAGUACAAGAAUGUGCAUUGCUUGUCCCAGUGGCCAAGAAGCAAAGAAUAAUGAAUGUACCGCAUGUUCAUUUGGUUAUUCUGGGUUCAACUGCGAUGAAUCAUGGAAGCUGGUGCUGACAAUCGUCGGCUCUGUUCUCAGUGGACUGCUGCUCGUCACACUCAUUCUUCUGCCUGUAGUGGCACUCAAAUCAAAGAAAACCUCCAAGAAGAGCAAAAGAAGCAAAGAAGCAGAUAUUGGGAUGUCUCAAGUCAACCAGCCUAAUACCAAGGCACCAAUGGCCACCAGCAACUUCAGCAACGGCUACACAGCACCUGCCAGUGGGCCAGCCAACGGCUUUGCCAAUACUGGCAUGCCGAGGUUCCCACGGGUAACCGCAACUAACAGCAACUGGGAGAGCAAGACCAACCUGGAUAUGACUCCAAGCAACAGCCGGCAAAAUCUGAUCCCUAAUUCGAGGACCUCUCGGUACGACGAUGAUGAUGAUGCGGGUCCUUAUGCCCAGACUCGACCCCAGAGCAACCCGUAUGCCCAGACUCGACCCCAGAGCAACCUGUAUGCCCAGACUCAACCCCAGAGCAACCUGUAUGCCCAGACUCGACCCCAGAGCAACCUGUAUGCCCAGACUCGACCCCAGGGCAACCCGUAUGCUUCGAGCCAAGGCCAGUCCAGCUCGUACUUUGCGGAAGAUGUCGGACGACGGUAUUAAUGAAGGCGGUCUAAUUAACAGGGUUCAUCGUACAGUGACAUUUAACCAGAUCAAAAACUUGUUGAGGUUUUAAAAACCUCAGAGAUCUUUUCAGUAAUAUCCCAUUAAAACAGAAGCAGUAAUGAAUUUUACUGCAGUGUAGGGCAUUUACAUCCUUCGAUAACGUUGACCUGCAUUGUAUCAGCAAUCAUAAGCUGUCAUGAAUCAUUCCUUUCUUUCCUCUCUUGACUAAUGUUUGCAAAGGUUUGUGAUAUGAGAUACAGUGUACAUCUUUUAAUGGUAAGAUUGUAUUUAAUUUAAAAAGUCAGAUGUUUAAUGGCACUGAAACAGAAAUUCAUACUCAGGUCAGACUGAAACCCAGAGGUGAAGAUGUUUGCCAUCAUUCUCUUGCAGAGUUAAUGUCUCACUCGUCUAUGAAUUCUGAUGAAAUGAUGAGUUACAAUUUCAUGUUGGACUCAGUUUUGUGUAUGAGAUGAGUGUCUUUUGUUCUAAUAAAAUUCCUCCAAAUUAGGGCAUGUUAAUCCAUCCAUAUACGUCACUAUGAUUUAUGUAAAAUGUUAAUUACACUGAAAUUGUUUGAUGUUGUAUUUUGUAUAUCUGAGAGUAUAUUUUAUGUAUUUUAACCACUUUCAUGUCAAAUUGAUACCAAGCUGUUAUUUAACACAAGACAAAAUAAUAUUCUACCACUUCAUGUGUUG